UUAGCCAGAAACAUUUAUUGGCGCCAGCGGAACUUGUCACAAGCUAACUGCGCUGAGGUUGGCUACACUGUAGUAACUACGUGGUCGCAAGAGUACGAAAAUGUAAACAUGCACAAACAUUUUUUGAUAUUUUUCCAUUAUUGGAGUUACAAUAACCAAUUUACCCUCUAACAAACUAUAUUUAAGAAAAACAAUUCAAGUGAUAUAUGAAAAAUUAUCUAUUCAAGCGAAGUUUUGACAUCAAUUUAUUUUUUGUAACCGUAGUGAAUAUAGGUGGAAGCGUCGUCAAGCGCUGUAGAAAUUUCAAGUCCGUUUAAUGGCGGACGCCAAUAAUUUGGAAGUUUCGUGAUUCUAUUGUUCUGUUUUCAAGUAUUUCUAUCGUUUAUUCAGUCGGGAAUGAGUUUUGUUAUUAGUGAUCGCGUUUAAAGUGUUUCAAACGUGAAAGUGCUAUGAAAUGUUCUGUUUUAACGUGACAAAAGCGCCUGCUAGCUAUGUAACCUUUUCCCUAACCUCGUUUACGCCAAUGGAGUAGAUAUGUGAUCGAUGUGUGUGCGUCGGUGAACGAUUUUUCGUCCGUUUCGCGUUAUUUUGUGCGAAGUUAUUCGGGUUAUUAGUGAUGGAAGUGUCCGCGUCGCGGUUUUGCAAUCCGACGCCCGAUUUCGACGUAACGUAAGCGAGCCGGUCGAUCGCUAGAGCAGAGUGUAAGCAGGCGGCCGUCCGCCACCAGCCGACAUGGCUGCAACGCAGGCCGAGUCUCAGCGUAGCGAUACGAACGUAGAUCAGACUCCAUCGGAACAGCACAGUGAAUCUCGGAACGCUCUAUUACAAAACGGCACCGACAAGUCCGUCGGGCGCGUUCCGCCCGAUGGCGUCGUGAACACAAAGAGUAAAUCGCCGAUGUCAGGCGAGCCGGGGCCGCCACGAGACGGCGGCGAGGCGCCCGGUCACGACCGGAUCGCAGACCGGCCGCCGGGCGAUCUGUACGGUCAAUAUAGGUAUCCGGAUGGCACGGAUCCGUACUACGCGCAGCGGCCGGGAUUCGGCGGGAAACCGCGCGGUCCUCCGCCACAACAGCGCUUCUUCCCGGGGCAGCCGACGUCGCAGGCGCCGGGACCCACACCGACGCUCAACUCGUUGCUACAGUCGAGUGGUGCGCCGCCACACCGCUACCCUAAUAGUUACGACCAGCCGCCGGCGGGCUACGGGCCCGGGCCUGGUUGGCCUCCGCCGCGGCCCAUGCCUCCCUACAACCCUCAAGCUAAUCCCUAUAGGAAUUCAACGCCACCGCGAGGCUUCGGCGGGCCUCCGUACGGCGCGGGCGCCCCGGGGGGCCCCCAGCAGCCCCCGGCCGGUUACGGGCCUCCAGGGUCCUAUCCUCAGCGGUAUCCACCGCCUCCUGGUCCUCCGGGAGCACCCAACUCCAGGCCGCCGUUCUCCUCGCAUCCGGGCUACGAGAGAGGCGGUUCACCACAGCCUCCUUCGCAGCCGCCGGGCGCGCCGAGCCCCGGAGCGCCACCGAGCGCGCCCGGCGGGCUGUCCCCGACGCAAGACUCGCAGCACCCGCCGCACCACCCGCCCCACGGGGCGCAGCCACCUCCUCAGCACCAGGGUUAUCCACCACCGCCGAGGCCACCUCAGCCGUCCACACCAAACGCACACGAUCCUGAUUCGGAUCUGACCGGUCAGAACAGCAAUGACUCGGGCGGCAGCGGAGGCGCGGGGCGCGCUUCGACGCCGCACCUGAGGCCGACGCCCAGCCCCACCGGCUCCAGCGGAUCCCGCUCCAUGUCACCGGCCGUCGGUACGCAGAACGUACCGAUGCCGCCGCGGCCGUCGUCUUCCCUGUCGGACGGCAGCGGGCCCACGUCGCGCCCCGGCGGCGCGGCGCCCGGGCCGGCGCCCAGCCCCGUGCCGCCGCCGGGCGCCAUGGUAGCGCAGCCCUACCACCACGGCUACAAGCCCUACCCGCCGCAGCCCUACGGCUACCCGCCUAGGAACCACCACCCCUACCAGUACGGGUACCGGCCGCAGCCGCCGCAUCCGCAGCAUCCGCCGCCUCAUCCGCCGCAACAUUACCCGCCGCUCAAACAGCAACAACCCCGGCACAUGGGCCCGCCGGGCUCGGCGCCGCCGGGCAUGGAGGGCGCCAUGCCGCCGCCGACGGCGCCGGGCGACGCGCACGACAACGGGCCCGCGCCGCCCGCCACGGCGCUCGUCACCACCGGGCCCGACGGCGCGCCGCUCGACGAGGGCAGCCAGCAGAGCACGCUCAGCAACGCCUCCGCAGCGAGCGGCGAGGAGCCGAUCGUCGGCGGCGGCGGCGGCGGCGGCGGCGGCAAGGCGCGCAAGGAGUUCGGGCUGGGCAGCGCGGCGCCGUCGCCGUCGCCGGGCGGCGGCUCGCACUCGUCCGCGCACGACGACUACGACGCCUCGCCCUCCUCCUGGCCGCGCCCGCCCUCUAGUCCCGUGUUUAACAGUCACAUACAGCCGGAGUCCUACAGAUCAAAGAAGUCGGACUCGCUGGGCAAGCUGUACGAGAUGGACGACGCGCCGGAGCGGCGCGGCUGGGUGGAGCGGCUGCUGGCCUUCAUGGAGGAGCGCCGCACGCCCAUCGCCGCCUGCCCCACCAUCUCCAAGCAGCCGCUCGACCUCUACCGCCUCUACCUGCUCGUGCGCGACCGCGGCGGCUUCGUCGAGGUGACGAAGAACAAGACGUGGAAGGACAUCGCGGGGCUGCUCGGGAUCGGCGCGUCGUCGUCGGCGGCGUACACGCUGCGCAAGCACUACACCAAGAACCUGCUGGCCUACGAGUGCCACUUCGACCGCGGCGGCAUCGACCCGCAGCCCAUCAUCAACCAGGUCGAGGCCUCCACCAAGAAGAAGGGCGGCAAGUCCAACACCACUCCUACACAAGCAGGGUCGGGCAACUCGCAGGAGUCGUUCCCUGGCGCGGGCGCGGGCGCAGGCGCGGGCGGCGCGGCGGGCGGCGCGGCGCCCAUGGACGGCUACCCCGCGCAGUACGGGCCCUACCCGCCGCAGCCCGCCACCAGCCAAGGCGGCGGGCCGGGCGGGCCGGCCGGCGACAACCUCGCCGCCUCCAACCCGUUCGACGAGCCCCCGGGGCCGCGCCGACCCCCAGGUUACCAACCUGGUUACGGUUAUGAAUACGGGUCACCUUACCAGUCCACGAGGCCGGUAUAUCCACCUUACGGCCCCGAAGGGGAUAGAGGAUACGGUGCCGGCAGCGAGUACCGCUACGGCGGCUACGGCUACCGCGGCGCGGCGCCGGGCGCGGCCACGCCGCCGCCGCAGCCCUACCCCGACUACUACCGCCAGCACCCGCACCCGCACCCGCCGCACCCGCACCUGCCGCACCCGCAGCCGCCGCACCCCGCGCACCCGGCGCACCCGCCGCACCCCGCGCACCCGGCGCAGCACCCCGCGCACCCGCCGCCGGCGCAACACGAGAUGUCGGGCGGCGGCGGCAUAAUGAGCUCGCAGCUCGCGCGGCAGCUGGUGGCGCCGCUGCCGGCCGCGCCGCGCGCCUACCAUUACGGGGCGGGCAAGCCCGGACCGGGCCCGGCCGGGGGCGCGGGCGCCGGCGCGGCGGCGGCGGGCGCGCCGCGGAGGCACCCCGACUUCGCCAAGGCGGAGGCGUACGCGUCGCCGGGCGGGCCGGGCGGCGCGCCGGCGGCGGGCGCGCAGCCGCGCUUCGCCGGCGCCUGGCCCGGGCCCUUCCCGCGCCAGCAGCCGCCGUCCGCGCAGCCCGCCUGGCGCCCGCCGCAGCAGCCGCCGCAGCCCUGGCCGCCGCACCAGCCCUACCCGCCGCAGGGUCAGGCAGGGGCGGCGUGGGGCGGCGCGCCGCGGCCGCCGGCGGAGUCCUACCCGCCCGGCGUCGUGCCCUCGCCCGGUCCCCCCAGCAUGACCCUCCCGGGCGGGCAGAUAAAGCGCGAGAUGACGUUCCCCGCGGAGUGCGUGGAGGCGACCGCGCCCGCCGGCGAGAAGCGGCGCCGCCUCACCAAGGCCGACGUCGCGCCCGUCGACGCCUGGCGCGUCGUCAUGGCGCUCAAGUCCGGCCUGCUCGCAGAGACCUGCUGGGCGCUCGACAUCCUCAACAUCCUCCUCUUCGACGACAACUGCAUAGGCUACUUCGGGCUCCAGCACAUGCCCGGCUUGCUCGACCUGCUGCUGGAGCAUUUCCACCGCGGGCUGGCGGAGGUGUUCGACGCGCCGCCGCCGCCCGACACGCCGUGGUACGCGGCGCCCGGGGCCGCCGAGCCCGCCGCGCCGCCCGCGCCCGCGCCCGCGCCGCCCGACCCCGCCGACCGCGUGCGCGUGCUGGCCGGCGAGAACUACACGCUCGCGGCGCGCCGGCGGCGGGCGCACGUCUCCUACCGCGCCGAGCCCGACGCCGCCGCCGCCGACCUGUUCGCGCCCGAGCCGCCCGACGAGCCCGAGGACCGCCACGACGUGCUCGAGCCCUGGCAGCUGGCCGACCACGUCAUGCCCUGCUUCCGCGCCGAAUUCCUGCCGUUGCCCUUCGUCCGCGUGCUGCCCGGCGAGCGCGCGCCCUCGCCGCCGGCGCCCGAGCCGCGGGCGCCCUCGCCCGCGCCGCCCACGCCGGCGGAGGAGCCCGCGCCCGCGCCCGCCACGCCCGCGGAGGACCGCGACAACCUGGAGGCGGAGCCCAUGGAGCUUGAGGUGGAGCGGCGGGUGACGCUCGCCGUGCGCGACCCCGCCGGCGUUCUAAAGCGACGCCGCCUAGAAGACUACGAGGACGAGUGCUACACGCGCGACGAGCCGAGCCUCAACCUAGUUAGCGAGACCCGCGACGCGCUCGCGAAGCGCUGUAUCGCGUUAUCGAAUAUUCUACGAGGGCUGACGUUCGUGCCGGGCAACGAGGCGGAGUUCUCGCGCUCGGGCGCGUUCCUAGCCCUGGCCGGCAAGCUGCUGCUGCUGCACCACGAGCACGCGCCGCGAGCCGCGCGGGCGCGGGCGUACGAGCGCGCCGCGCGGGACGAGGCCGACCAGGACGCAUGCUGCUCGUCGCUGCGCGGCGAGGGCGAGUGGUGGUGGGACGCGCUGGCGCAGCUGCGCGAGGACGCGCUCGUGGCGUGCGCCAACAUCGCCGGCUCCGUGGAGCUGCAGCACCAGCCGGAGGCGGUGGCGCGGCCGCUGCUGGACGGGCUGCUGCACUGGGCCGUGUGCCCGGCGGCCGUGGCGGGCGACGCGCCGCCGGCCGCGGCGCCGGGCUCGCCACUGUCGCCGCGGCGGCUGGCGCUGGAGGCGCUGUGCAAGCUGUGCGUGACGGACGCCAACGUGGACCUGGUGCUGGCGACGCCGCCGCGGGGCCGCAUCGCGGCGCUGUGCGCGGGGCUGGCGCGGGACCUGUGCCGGCCGGAGCGGCCGGUGGUGCGCGAGUUCGCGGUGAACCUGCUGCACUACCUGGCGGGCGCGGGCGCGCCGGCGGCGCGGGAGGUGGCGCUGCAGGCGCCGGCGGUGGCGCAGCUAGUGGCGUUCAUCGAGCGCGCGGAACAGACGGCGCUGGGCGUGGCCAACCAGCACGGCGUGGCGGCGCUGCGCGACAACCCGGACGCGAUGGGCACGUCGCUGGACAUGCUGCGGCGCGCGGCCGCCACGCUGUUGCGGCUGGCGGAGCACGCGGAGAACCGCCCGCUGAUCCGGCGGCACGAGCGGCGGCUGCUGUCGCUGGUCAUGUCGCAGAUCCUGGACCAGAAGGUGGCGCACGAGCUGGCGGACGUGCUGUACCACUGCAGCCAGCCGCGGCCCGAGGACGCGCCCGACCACCACGAACAAUAGACGCUCUAGUGCGGUGUGUGGUGUGACUGUGACAUGAGACUGAGUUAUACCUGUCGGUACGUGUACAUAUAGUGAUACGGCGCAGGCCGACGCGAGGCCGUAGCGGUGUCUGACGUGUUAGGCUGUACAAUCCGAUUUUGUUAUUUAUGUCCACGAUGAUUUAUUUACAAGAAUGUCAAUGUGCUAUAAUCGAUUUCUAUUGUUCGAUUGAGAAAAGAUGUAUUAUAACUCGUAAUUUUGAUUUUUAUAAUAAAAUGGGACUUGAAUCUG